AAUGACAUUAGAGGAUUUGGAAAGUCAACUCGCAGACUUGAAGAGAAUCAAUCGUGAUUUAGAUGGGCGGAGUAAAGAAGUUGAUUCGUUGAUUCAACAGGAGUCCAUUAAGCUUGAUGUUGAGACAAACUCCUUGCUUGUCAUGUUGUCUGAAGUAUUAUCCGAAAGGGACACACAUGAAGGAAUUGGUUCGUUGAACCCAAAUUACAUUGAAUUUGUCAUGCCAUUAAUUGAUUCGUCAGGCAAAUCUUUAUUAUCUUGCGUUCAAACAGGAACAGCGAAAAAUUUUAUAUUCCAAUGCACAAAUGGUAUCCAGGACAUAGUAAACAUUGAUCAAGCAUUCACACAUGAACUUCAAAAUUUCCGUGAGAAUAUACUCCCACAGAUGGAAUUUUUGAUCCGAAAACUUUAUAUGAUGAAAUUAAACGCCUAA